GCGCUGUUACUUUCAUACGCAGCGGUGUAGCAGGAGACAGCGACACCACAGCCCAGAGCAGGGAUUCCCAAGGCCGGUUAGGUCCUUUAAAAACACAAGCAGUCAAAGUAUUGCAGGGAGCCUAGAGAGAAUAAACACGGAAAGAAACAGGAGAACAAUCUCCAUCCAUCCUUUAUAGUGAUCCUGUGUACUGGGAAAGCUUCGUUGUAUUCGAUCUGAUCCAACAUUUUUCCGUGAGACCGAAACAAAGGCCCAUAGGAAGAGGAGCAAAGAAAAACUUCCAUACUCGAUGACAUUUCAUCGCAAUGUCCGAUCGUUUAGGGCAAAUUUCCAAGUCCAAGGAUGGGAAAAGCAAGUAUUCCUCGCUCAGCUUGUUUGAUAAGUACAAGGGAAAGUCAAUAGAAACUCAGAAAACUACAGUUGUUCCUCGACAUGGCCUGCAGAGUCUCGGCAAAGUUGCCACAGCCCGGCGGAUGCCCCCCCCCGCGCACCUCCCGAGCCUGAAGUCCGAAAACAAAGGAAACGACCCCAAUGUGAUUAUCGUGCCCAAAGACGGAACAGGAUGGGCAAACAAGCAGGAACAACCAGAUCAAAAGAGUUCUACUGCAUCAACCACACAGCCGCUGGAGUCGCUGCCUCCGCUGCCUUCUCAGAAAUCUGUCUCCAAUCUUCAGAAGCCGACUCUGCUAGCGAGCCAGGAGAACACAAACACUGGUGGACCAAAGCAAUGGGCACAACUAAACGGAAAGGCAGUAGAACAAGAUGGUUCAAGGGCCUCAAGCCGACUGCAGCCCUUCUCUCACGAGGAAUUUCCGACGCUGAAGGCAGCUGGGGAACAGGACAAGGCCGUCAAGGAAAGAAGCGCCUUCGAUCUGUCGUAUGGGCCCGGACCAAGCCUCCGCCCCCAGAACGUGACGAGCUGGCGGGAGGGAGGAGGGAGGAACCUGCACCCCCCCUCGGCGCCCGCGCCGCUCUCCUCCGAACCCGAGGCCAGGAGCGGCGGGCCGGCUGAGGCGUCGGCGCCCCCUCCCCCGCCCCCCGCCGCGGCCCCCGCAGCCGCCGCCGUCGCCGCCCCCCCUCCCCCUCCCCCCGCCGCCUCCGCCGCCGCCGAGCCCAAGGACCCCGCCCUCCGCCCCGCCCUGUCCCUCAGGCGGAGCGCCCCCUCAGUCCUGCAGUACCAGCAGCACCACCCCACCACCGUCUACCACGACAUGCUGCCCGCCUUCAUGUGUCCCAAAGAGAAUCGGGACUCGCCCUCGUCCCAGGACCACGGGCCCGCGGCCGUGGUGGCCCCGGUGCGAUUCGAAGCGCGGCCCACGUUCAGACCGCCGUUCCCCGGCCCCGAAACCGUCAACGGAGAGGUCAGGCGGGAGAACCGCUUCACCCGCGGCCCCGCUCGGCCCUCGUCGCGGCCCAUCCGUCGCCCCGGCGACCGCGCCCCUCGUCCCGCCAUCAUCAACCCCGAGGACCUGAAGGACCUGGACGACCUGGACAACGACUGCGAGGACGGCUGGGCAGGGCUCCACGAGGAGGUGGACUACAGCGAGAAACUGAAGUUCAGCGACGACGAGGAGGAGCACGCGUGCAACGAGAAGAACAAGAAGUGGGUGGAUUGGGAGCACGGGAGGGAACGCCAGUCCUCCCUCAGUUCGGGAGAGGGAGUGUACAUCCAGGACGGCCUCGAGGACGAAGGACACCACCGCUACCCGGACCAGCAGCCCCCCAGGAAGACCAGCGGCAGGUUCACCCCUGCUGAGCACGCCCCCGCCCUGCAGAAAGCGGGCGUGAGCGGCGGUCUCCACCGCGGCGAGUCGGUGGAGGAGAAGGACGAGCAGCAGCAGCAGCAGCCGCGGCCGGCUGCGCGCGGGAAGUUCGUCUCCCCGGAGCUCUCCGAGGCGGUGGAGCGGGCGCGGCGGCGGCGGGAGGAGCAGGAGCGGCGCGCCCGGGAGGAGCGCCUGGCCGCCUGCGCCGCGAAGCUCAAGAAGCUGGACGAGAAGUUCGGCAAGAGCGAGAGGCCCCCGCCCCGGGCCGAGGGGGCCCCGCGGGAGCCCGACGGCAAGGAGCCGCCGCCCUCCCCGCCGGGGAAGGACUCCCCGAAACUCCCCCAGGAGAGCUGGCAGUACGCUACCAAAGAGCCAGCGGAGGUUCCCCCAGAGCAGUACGCUGCCCAGGACUACAGAGAGGACGAGCCCGCCAACUACCGCAGCGAGGACGAGGGUCCCGGGCCUGCGUCCCCCGUUCCCGACUACGCGAAGUACCAGAAAUCUCUGCCCCCUCGCUUCCAGAAGCAGCACCAGCAGGACCAGGUGUACAAGGUGCCCCACUGGCAGCAGCCAGCAGGGAACCCUGCACAGUCCAGUGCCGCCCACGCCCAGCGUGGGUACUACCCCCCUCACGUGCUGGGUUUCGACCCCCGCUGGAUGAUGAUGCCCCCUUACAUGGACCCCCGCAUGACGCAGGGGCGCUCCCCCGUGGACUACUACCCCAACCCCGUCCAUUCCUCAGGAAUGAUGAAGCCCACGAUGCAGCAGGACCACCUGAACAGCCCGGGGUCCGCCUCCGACGAGGGCUGCCAUCCCAGCAUGCUCCAGGAGCGCCGGGCUCCUUCCACCGAGCCGUACCCCAUGUGGAGCCAGGACGCCUACCCGCCCGCCCCCACCCGCAGCUUCACCCCGCCCUACCAGCGACAGCACGAGGGCAAGGACGCGAGCCGCUCGGACGACAGGAGUGAGCGGGCGUGUUCCCAGCAAGAGUCCUACGAGGACAGGGCAAAGGAGUUCGGAGACAUCCCGGCUGAGGAGCCCCCCCACCAGGGCUACCGGCAGACCAGGAGGCCGGACCUGGCCUUCGGGGAGCCCGGGAGGAACGUGCUCCAGGACGAGUCCCCGCCGCCCGUCGGCUCGGGCUGGUCCCAGACCGCCGAGUGCGACUAUCCCCCCGGCGAGCCCAAGGAGUUCGCCCACGGCCGGUACCACAAGGACGGCGGCGACUCGCGGGAUGAGCCGUUCGACUGCUCCUCCAAGGAGAAGGGCUUCGAGUCGGACUGCUGGAGGGCCGAAGCCCCCCUCAAGAAGGAGGGAGGCGGAGGGCUCCAGUCGCAGUGGUCGGAUCCUGGCUCCGGCAGCAGCGUCGGCAGCCAGCCGCCCGAGCCGAGCGGGAGGACCCUGAUCAGGAGGACCGGGCCCAUCAAGAAGCCGGUGCUGAAGGCCCUGAAGGUGGAGGACAAGGAGAACGAGAAGCCCAAGGCCGAGCCCGAGGAGAAGCCCGUCCCGUACCGGCUGGAGAAGGAGGUCCUCACGAACGUGUACGACCUGAAGAAGGAUGCUGGUCAGCCCUUGAGCACCCGCCACUCGGUCGCCCUGGCCGUCGCUCCGCCCGAGGAGAAGCACGCCCCGGUCGCAACGAAGGUGGAGAAGACCGUCACCCCUACCGAGGACCUGCUGGAGGUCAGGGACCCGCCGGAGAGCAGGGAGCCGCCCGCCCCGCGCCGAAACAACUGGAUCUUCAUCGACGAGGAGCAGGCGUUCGGCGGAGCCAGAGGGACAGGGCGGGGCCGGGGGCGGGGCUUCCGCGAGUUCAACUCGCGCGGGGGCGGCCGCGGGGGACGCGGCGGCUGCGGCGGCGAGAACCCCCGGGGAGGCUACGGCAACAGCGUCGGGGCCCAGAGGGGCGGCAGGGGCCGCGGGCUGCGGGAGUUCGGGAAGCCGGAGGACGCGGCGCAGAGAGGGAAGCCGCGGCGGCGCAACGUGAGCGAGACGCUGAGCGAGACCUCCGAGUACGAGGAGCUGCCCAAGCGGCGGCGCCAGAAGGGCUCGGAGAACGGGGAGGCCGCGGGGUACCCCGAGCCCGGGGGCCCCAGGAAGGUGGACAACCGGGACUCGUGGAGGUCCAACAAGGUGUACACGGACGACCAGGGCAGCGGCGGGGAGUCCCGAGACAAGUCCAAAGCCGCCAGAGGGUUCGGGCGCUCGUUGCCCCCGCGCCUGACCAACAGCGGGUACACCCGGGGUUUCGGGUCCCGCGAGAUGUCCAGCUGGAGGGGCAGGGGCGGGCAGUUCGGGGGCGGCCCCGCGCAGGAGAACGGUUACGGGCUCGGGACGGAAGCCUUCCAGAGGAGGCCCCUGGACCGGGACCCCCUGAAGUACGGCCAGAAGUACCCGGGCUCCUUCGCCGAAAACGGCGUGGACGACCGAGGCGGGGAAGCCGGCGACUACUACCUGGACGGCGACAACCCCGACAACCGGCCGCUGAGGCGGCGCCGGCCCCCCCGCCAGGACAAGCCCCCGCGAUUCCGCCGCCUGCGGCAGGAGAGGGAGCCCGGCGGGCCGUGGAACGGCGAGGAGUACGUCAACGGCGACUUCGCCGGCCACUGGCCCGCGCGCCCCAAGGCCGGCGAGGAGGCCGUGCCCGGGCACCACCCCAGGGGGCGGAGCCACCAGGACCAGGCGGAGGACUGGGAGACCGGCUCGGACAACAGCGACUUCAACGAGCGGCAGGACAGGCGCGGCGGCGCCUCCCAGCCCGACGCCCCCUCGGACUCCGGCCACGGCGAGCUGGGCGGCGGGGAGAAGAGGGAGCUCUCCAAGAGGAGCUUCUCCAGCCAGCGCCCUCUGGUGGACAGGCAGAACCGCAAGGGGGACCCCGGCGUCCUGGAGGGGAGCAAGCUGUCCCGACCUGUCGACGGCUCGACCAAGCCUGGAAGGGGCGACGGAUGGCAGAACGGGAUGUCUCCCAACAGCAAGAGGAGCCAGGAGGACGCGGGUUCGGGGCUGAGUUCCGGCUCGGUCUACAGCGUGGAGCAGUCCGAGGACAGCCCCCAGACCGUCCCGGCCGAGGCCCCCGGCAAGAAGGCGGAGAAGGAGCUGAGAGCGGGGCAGCUGAAGGGGGACAAGGACGAGCCCCUGUCCCAGUACGACCCCAACAGCUACCCGCUGGAGGGCGAUGUGGGGCCCGCUGUGCCCGGUCCGGACGGCUUCCCGGAGGUGCUCUCCAAAAAGCAGCGGCGCCAACAGGAGGAAGACCGCAGGAGGAAGGAGCAGGGGGCGCCAGUACCCGUUAAGAACCGGGCGAUCACCUCGAAAAUGCCGCCGCGCUUCGCCAAGAAGCAGGGCGGCCUUUCUCUGGAGCAGCAGGCGGAGGACGUGAUGUCGGCCAGCAACCUGGGCACCGAGAUCUGGGAGACCAACAGCUCGGCCCUCGCCGUCCAGUCGUCCGGCGGAGACUCCUGGACGAAGCCGGUGUCGUACCCGGGGGCGGAGCCCAACUCUGAGGAUUCGGACGCCGGGCCGGAGCAGAACAAGGAGCACAAGCCGGGUCCAAUCGGGAACGAGCGCUCGCUGAAGCACCGGAAGGGCUCGGAGGGCGUGGAGCGGCUGGAGGGCCCCAUCGCCCCCGUCAACGGCGUGGAGAUCCACGUGGACAACGUCAUCCCCGUCCCGCCCAUCGAAUUCGGCGUCAGCGCCAAGGACUCCGACUUCAACCUGCCCCCUGGCUCCACCCCUGUGCCCGUGUCCAACCCCAUCACCAAACUGCAAGACCCCCUGGCUGGGAACGCCGCCCUCUCUCAGGGGAUCCCCAUGCUUCGGAGAGACCACCUGCAGCCCGGCAUCAACCUGAACCCCAUGUCCUUCCCCAGCGCUGACCUCACUCUCAAGAUGGAGUCCGCGCGGAAGGCGUGGGAGAACUCUCAGUCUCUGCCGGAGCAGGGGUCCCCGGGGGCCCCCGGGUCGGGCGGCCAGCCCCCCUGCAGCGUCGGCUCCUCCAGCGGGGUCAGCUACAGCUCCUUCGGGGGGGUGUCCAUGCCCCCCAUGCCCGUGGCGUCCGUGGCUCCGUCCGUCUCCAUGCAAGGUAACCACAUCCCCCCCCUGUAUCUGGACGGCCAUGUGUUCCCCAGCCAGCCCCGCCUGGUGCCCCCCAACAUGACCCAGCAACAGAGCUAUCAGCAGGCGGCGGCCGCUCAGCAGAUCCCCAUCUCCCUGCACACGUCCCUGCAGGCGCAGGCCCAGCUCGGCCUGCGGGGGGCGCUGCCGGUCUCCCAGUCCCAGGAGAUGUUCAGCUCCAUGCCCCCGUUCAGGUCCCAGGUCUACAUGCACCCCAACCUGUCCCAGCCCAGCGCCAUGGUGCUGUCGGGGGGAGCGCCCCUGAAGGGGCCCUACUCGGCCUUCCCGGGCAUGCAGCCCUCGGACAUGGUCAAGACCCAGUCGGGGUCCCACUACCAGCCCCUCAACGGCGGGCAGCCCCUGGUGUACGACGGCCAGAUGAACCAGGGGCCCGGCAUGGGCACCUCCCAGCUCAUGGACUCCCAGCUCAUCCAGGUGACCAUGCCCCUCCCCGGCUCCCAGCUGCGCUACGGUUCCCAGCAGCACCUCAUCCUGCCCCAGUCCAUCCAGCUGCAGCAGGGCCAGAACCUGUCUGUGGGCGGGCCCAGACGCAUGAUGCCGCCCGGAUCCCAGCCCCCUGUCCUGCCCGGCAACAGAGAGACCUCUCAGAUGGAGAUGAAGGGCUUUCAGUUUUCAGACAAGCCCAACCAUUCGCCCGGCAUGUCAGGAGGCUCCUACAGGCCCGGCUCCGCCAGCCCCAGCGGGAAACCCUCGGGCCCCGGGUGCCCCACCACGGUGGCCGCUCUCUCUGGACACUACGCUCAGCAGGUGCCCCCCCCUCCCCAGGGCAGCAUGGUGAUGCACAUGCGCCCCCCCACCACCGGCCCCUUCCCCAACCCCAUCCAGCGCCCCGUCAUGCAGGUCAACAAGACCGUGAUCAUCCGCUCCCCCCCCUACCCCAGCCCCGGCCGCGAGGCCCCCCCCUCCUGCUCCCCCGCCCCCCCGACCCCUCCCCCGCAGGUCCUGAGGAUGGCACGAAGACGAGGACCCCGCGGGACGUUUGCCAGGGCGAAGGGAAAGGAGCGCCGGGGCCGGGGGGAGUGCCAGGCCAGCCGCACGAGCCCCCGCCCCCGGGGCAGAUCCAACCGGCCCGCACCGGUGCCAUCAAGCCACACACCGUCAAGAUGGAGGAGGGAAAAGCCUAGCCUUCAAAAUCCCAGCUGCAUCCACCGAGCCCCUCCCCUCGCCUUGCCCCGCCCCCCCCCUGACACGAGGCCCCUCCCCUCGCCUUGCCCCGCCCUCCCUGACACGAGGCCCCUCCCAUCCGCACCGCUUCGGCUUUUCCGGAGCCUCGGAACGAGAGGGGGAGUGGGAGGGGCUACAAAUCCAAAUCCCAAAAUUUGGAAGAAUCAAAAAAAAAAAAUAAAAAAAAAACAAUUUUAAAAAAAGAAAAGGAAAAACAGCCCGGACACUAUUAGUUAACACAGCGUAUGAAUAUAUAUAAAUAUAUAAAUAUAUAGACACCAUAGUUCUGGGACACACUUCUAAGCAGAAUUUCUUCAUUUUCACCUUAUUUAUUAACACUUAUUAUCCAUCGCAAGAGAGGAAUAAUGGUUUAAAAAAAAAAAAAAAAAGU